ACAAAGGAAACACCACAACCAGACACGAACGAAGGCAGAUUCACUUUCAGUUGCACCUCUAAUGCAGUACUGCGGACUGACUAUAUCUGUGUCGUGUAUUUGCCUGACGUACAGACAAGGCCAAGAAUGCGAAUUUGGAAUUCUUCGUUCAGUGAUUCGAUUGAAGUGCGCGGUGUAUCGUCCUUGAAUGAGGUGCUGGAUCACGUGCGAAAUGACUACCAUGUGCCUCCUUCUGUUCCAUUGAACAUCGCCCUUGUGGAAGAUGGCACAAUAGUUGAUGACGACGAAUACUUCGGAACCCUUGCGAGGAAUUCGGAAUUAGUUUUUCUUUCGCCAUGGGAAAAGUUCAACCCAUGGCUUCGUAAGCUCAGAGAUGCAUUUUCCAGAGAUCCACAAAUAUCAUCUAUGGAGCGUGUCGUGGGGGAUUUCCUUAGUCAGAAGCGUGAAGCCAAGACGAAGCUAUUAAAUUCUUAUGUAUCAAGGCUGCCUGUGAACCGUUCUUUGAAUUCUCGUGAAGAGGAUCCUAGUUGGUUCCAGGGAUUGCCGGGUAGAUUCAAAAGUAAAGAUCAAGUCAUGAAAGAUAGGGCCAGAAGUCGGAUGAGGAACUAUUUGCGUGAGACGAAAGAGUAUUUGCGGAACCGUUAUUCUGUGAACGAGAAAGAAGUGCAGUUUUCCUUUUCCAUCAUCCGUGAGUUGACUGAUAUGUUGAAGGAGAGAGAUUAUCAUGGCCAUUAUUUUAAUCGUGAGGAACUCGCUAGAGAUUUGCGGUUAUGUGACAGCCACGGUUCCUUCAAAUGCCAAGGACCAUUCAAUUCGGAUAUAUGCUCCUACGUCGAUCACCAAAUCAAUCCCUACGACAACCGCGAAAGUUUAAUACUUUUUCAGAAUUGGAAUCUCGAUCAUGGUAUCGAGAAAUCGAGAACCAUUCUACCUGGCAUGAUACAAGCUAUGAAAUCUUGUAUGACAAAAGGCUUUAUAUUGAAUACGUUGUAUUUUUUCAACUUGCUUUUCACGACUGUGAAUUUGAAAUUGGUCCAUACAGUUUGUCAUGAUAAAACAGGGCAUAAAACUAAGCAGUUGGAUUCCUCGAAUUUUUUUGUCGGUGACCAAAAAAUAUCGAGAAGUGGCAAUGGAAUCCGUGCUUAGUUCGUGUACGUAUGUGUUACAUUUUUCCGUGCAAGACUUCUACUCAGUGGCUUUACUGAAAUUAUUUCGAAGAAAAGCUGUGAUCCUUUCAGCAUUAAACGUAGUGGGAAAGCUUUGUAAUUCAACUUUUGUUCAUGUAGAACACGUUUAAGGUAUCGUUUAAAUUGACUGCGAUGGAGAAGGUUCAAGUGAAUUUCAGUAAAUUGUACAAUAUUGAGGGCUCAUGUAACAAAUGUGUUUGGCAAUUCGAGGACAUCCCUGAAGAAUACUGCAGUAUAUAAUCUUUUUACAAUGGAUAUUCCAGCUAUACAACGUGCAAUUUUUUCUUUCUCAAUAUCCGCCGUACUCGCAAUUUCAUUUAUUUUCUCACUGCACAGUCGGUCGAUGGACAGCAAACCUGCUCUUUAUUUGUACGCUCAAAAUUUGAGUUGAUUAGUGAAAGCAUAUAAUUCCGGAUGUCACGCUUCGGAAUUUGCAAUUGUAGCUCGGAAUCCUGUGAAAUGUGUUCUUUUUAUAUAUUUAUAUGCAUUACAAUUGUUUUCACCUCAGUGAUGCAUUCUUCUCGCAAUAUUGAUCAAUGUUCGUUUUUGACCUGUUCUAGGGUUUUUUACGAUGGCUCUGAGUGUCCUGGAGUUGUUUUCGGGAAUCGGAGGAAUGCAUUGCGCGUUAAAGGCAUCUGCGAUUGAUGCUAACGUUGUGGCCG